CAUCUUGCGAAACCGGCCUGAGGCGGAGAGAGCUAAGCGGGGCGCGGGCGGAUCCCCCGGGGCAGGCGAGGGCGGUGGCCGCCAGGAGGAGCCCGGGCAGGGCAGGGAGGGAACAGCGCGCAGCAGACGCUCAAAGAAAAUGAAUGGCACACUGGAUCACCCUGAUCAACCAGACAUUGAUGCCAUCAAGAUGUUUGUGGGUCAGGUCCCACGAAGUUGGUCUGAGAAGGAUCUGCGGGAACUAUUUGAACAGUAUGGUGCCGUCUAUGAAAUUAAUGUCCUGCGGGACAGGAGCCAAAACCCUCCUCAAAGUAAAGGGUGCUGUUUUGUUACAUUUUAUACCCGUAAAGCUGCACUAGAAGCACAGAAUGCCCUUCAUAACAUGAAGAUUCUCCCAGGGAUGCACCAUCCUAUCCAAAUGAAGCCAGCUGAUAGUGAAAAGAAUAAUGCAGUGGAAGAUAGGAAACUGUUCAUUGGGAUGAUCUCAAAGAAGUGCAAUGAAAAUGAUAUCCGGGUGAUGUUUUCCCCUUUUGGGCAGAUUGAAGAAUGCAGAAUUUUACGGGGUCCAGAUGGCUUAAGCCGAGGUUGUGCUUUUGUGACUUUUACAACAAGAGCUAUGGCACAAACAGCAAUCAAAGCAAUGCACCAAGCACAGACCAUGGAGGGGUGCUCUUCUCCCAUCGUAGUGAAAUUUGCAGACACUCAGAAAGACAAAGAACAGAAACGAAUUGCACAGCAGCUUCAGCAACAGAUGCAACAAAUCAGUGCUGCCUCCGUUUGGGGAAACCUAGCUGGGCUGAACACACUUGGACCCCAGUAUUUAGCACUUUAUUUACAGCUCCUUCAGCAGACAGCAGCCGCCUCCUCUGGGAAUCUGAACACACUGGGCAGCCUCCACCCAAUGGGAGUGCCUUGUCAUGCUUUUGGGGACUUAAUCAAUUUGCAUCAGAGCUUUUCAGAAGGACUGAAUGCAAUGCAGUUACAGAACUUAGCUGCAUUAGCGGCUGCAGCGAGUGCAGCUCAGAAUACACCAAGUGGUACCACUGCACUCAAUUCUUCCAACAGCCCUCUAAGUGUACUCACCAGUUCAGCAGGUUCAUCCCCCAGUUCCAGUAGCAGUUCAUCUGUUAACCCAAUGGCUUCUCUUGGAGCACUGCAAACACUAGCAGGGGCUACUGCAGGUCUCAAUGUUGGCUCUUUAGCAGGAAUGGCAGCCUUAAAUGGUGGACUGGGCAGUAGUGGCCUUUCAAAUGGCACAGGUAGCACAAUGGAGGCCCUGUCUCAGGCAUACUCUGGGAUUCAGCAAUAUGCUGCUGCUGCAUUGCCCACACUCUACAACCAGAGUCUUUUAACACAGCAGAGUAUUGGUGCAGCAGGAAGUCAAAAGGAAGGUCCAGAGGGAGCCAAUCUUUUCAUCUACCACCUCCCCCAGGAGUUUGGGGACCAAGACCUGCUGCAGAUGUUCAUGCCUUUUGGGAAUGUUGUCUCUGCCAAGGUUUUCAUUGACAAGCAGACCAAUCUGAGCAAGUGCUUUGGUUUUGUAAGUUACGACAAUCCAGUCUCUGCACAGGCUGCCAUCCAGUCAAUGAAUGGAUUUCAGAUUGGCAUGAAACGACUGAAAGUACAGCUCAAGCGCUCUAAGAAUGACAGCAAGCCAUACUGAGCGCCCCUCCCCUCUGGAACUGGAGUGAGAAGGAUCUUCUGAUUCCUGCCGUUUGUUCAUCGUUGUGCCUAAAGCAUGUCGAUGUGGCGUUCAAGUACAUCGUCCAAAUCCUUGUCUCUUCAGCUUCUCUGAUGCUUGAACUCUCGCCUUUUGACCUUGUGUUGACUUUUGAUGCUGAUGUGUAUUUUUAUUAUGUUUGUUUCUUUUUGUUUCUUUCCUUUUUUGUGCUGCCAAAUUGGUUUUGCUAGAAAGACUGCUGAAGGGGAAUAUUUAAACUUGCAUUUGAAUAUAAAAGAAUUCUAUUUUUCUAGAACUUCGUAAGAUAACCACUUGAUUUUGUGAUUCUGAUUCUUUGUAAUUGUCUUCAGAGCAGCCUUGCUAGCAUACCUCGUGGAGUAUUUGUAUUUCUGUGAUCAUACAGCCAAUCACUUCUAGGCUUAGUUUUUUCUGUGUGCUUAGUUUUAAAACAGAUCUUUGAAGGAAAAAGUAAAAUGAUGCAACUUAAAACUUUCAGGAGGCUUCUGGUCACAUUUUGCUGAAUCUACUUUCUGUGCUUGAGGAGACAGCAUGUAUUCUUUGACUUGAGUAGCCUCAGCAGAAAACACUUGAACUACACUUUCUCCUGAUAGUAGCUGCAUUUUUGCCCUGGCACUUACUGUUUUUUCCUUCCUGUGUGAUUAUCAGCCUCUGUCUGCAGUGAAAGUUUAAUCAAAGUUGAUGUUGUAUUUCGUUAAACCCUAGCAUGCUUAGUUUUUUGUAACUACAAUCUCCUCAGCAAAAUGUGAGAUUUUGUUUUGUUUUUUUGUUUUUUACAAACUCAAAUAAUGCCCUUGUAAACGUUUUGCAUGUUUCCUGCUGUGUUCUUCACAAUCUCGUAUAUAUACACCCUUCACCUCUGUUUUCUAUAGUUUGUGCAAAAACUGAGCAAUUUAAUAGGUUUCAAAGCUAUCCAUUUUUGGAUGCCAGACUUGUGGUCAUGUGUCACGUAAGGACAUCUCCUGUGCAUUUGGACUGCUUUACACAAUAGCUGCACCUUGCUCUAUCAUCACAGCUAUGGAAAGGUCUCAGGGGGCUUGAUUGCACUGUUUCGGUGGUAGUAGAGGUGGCAGGGAUAGAAGAUUAGCAGGAAGGUGUGAGAUGCUUGCAGUAAUAUUGCUUCUAAGAUCCAUUGGAGCUAAAGCUCUUUUCGGGUAGCCUUAAUUUGUACCUCUUGUUUAAUAUGUGACUUGCUGUGUGAGGUUUAACACCAUCAUAUCUGAGUGGAUGGAAGCUUGAUUGGCUCUCCUGUCUUCACACUUGAAGUAGCAUGUUCUGUGUAUGUAUCCCAUAGAAGGAAUCUGUAAGCCUAGGCACAAAACUGCUGGCUCUUUCCCCAAGUGACAAGCACAAUAUAACAGCCUACUAGCUGUUACCUGAACAGGGUACCAACCCCGGCUCCUUUUCUCAGGGGCCUUAGCUGGGGAAUCUCUCUCUAGAGAUAUUUUUCGUUUGUUUUUUUGUUCUUAAGUUGGGUAAGGAGUCACGCAGGGUCCCACACACACACACACUUUCUGACCUGAUGGGAAAAAAGGGCAGAUCUUCCUUCUCUGGGAAGCAUGCUUUAGCCUUGUAGUACAUAUAACCUAUUAUAGAAGCUGAGACUUAGUACUGGGUUUUGCAGCACCUACAAGAAAAUCCUGUGGUAGGUGCCUAAUCACACAAGGGGCAAAGUGGUGUGAGGAAGCUGGGAAGGAGCUUUGACAGGAGGAAAGAGCAUGAAGAGAAUUUUUGGAGAGUAGGGACGGUAUGGGAGACCUAUCUCUAUGCUAGGUGGAGGGCUAAUUUGUUCCACUGCUUCGGACACAAUUCUCUGCCCUAUGCUGGCUGGGUAGCCAUUUCUCCAUGCUUGUUAGAUGAAUAUGCAUAGUUAGCUUUUUCCUCAGUCUUGUGAUCAUCACCUUUUUGAGAAGGAGUUGCUUGAAAAGGUGAUGGCUGCAUUAUCUGGGGGUACAGCUGUGAGAUGGUUGCUCUUAGGCUCAAGUCGCAAUGCACAGGGAUGUCUUAUGGCAGGGGAGAUCAAGACCCUGCAGUGUAUUGAUUAAUUUUGCCAAUACAUUUCUUUACAAUGUGCAUUCAGUUCCAUGAGGAACUCUGGGGAAUCCUGUGGAAAAAAGAAAACUCUGGAAAAAACCAAAAUGCCAAACAUUGGAUGUUCCUUUUCUUUCUUCUUUCCUUUCUUACCUUGGUUGUUUUAAUUAUUCUGUGGUGGUUUUAAUGGAUUUGAGACAGUAAAGCAGCAGCUGCCUUUUAUUUCUAGCUGCUUUUUGUGAAUAAUUUAAAAAAAGAAAAGAAAAUUUACAUUUUGGAAACAAACCUGUGGGCUUUUUUAUUGGUACAAACAUUGUAUUUAACACUAGGGGUUUUGUACAGUUUUUUGCCUUUUCUACUAGAAAACAAUGUAAAGUGAUUCACAAAUGUGACAAGAAAACAAAUUGCCACUAUGACCAAAUGUAGAGUCUGUUCUGCAGUAACAGGAUUUAAUCAACU